AUGGAUCCUGACGCUGAACAACACUACAUUGAACUGUUGGAACAGUGGAAGAAAGACGAGGACAACGUGAAAGAUAAGUUAGAGAAAGUCAUGAAAAAGCUGGAUGAAAUUGCUAUUGAAGGUUAGUUAGUACUAGUCUACUGAAAGGCAACCUGUUGACCUGUUGUAGUAUGCCCGGAUGUCAUCCUGCAUAUUGUACUUAGUUAAUCCAGUUCCAGUUCCUUACAUUUCGAUCUCUAAGUCUUAAUUGGUGAACAAUGCAAAUAUAGAGGCAAGAACUUAACGUAUUAACAACUAAAAACCGGAGAUUGAGCUUUUUGUAAAUUUUUUACCUCAGGUGUACCUUUCCAAUGUUUUGAACAGGUUAUUAUUUUCAGUAUGUGGAAGAGCAGGUCACUGAGUUGGAUCAGGAGAACUGUUUCUGUUCAGUGGCGAAAAUAAUGAUGACCUUCUCCUCAACGGUAAUGUGCUUUUAAUCGGAUAAUGCCCUCGCUCCUUGGGAGAAAGAAGAAAAAAGAUCUCGAACGUACGGCCUCGAGGCCAAGGCAUUAUCCUCUGUUAAAUUCAAUCAGGCACAAGGUCAUUUACGGACGGCUUGCCCCCACUCAAAAAAGCAACUUUAGUUGCCCAUGAGAUUGUAACACAUUGUUACUUGUGAACCUAGUCUUUCACCGUCCGUAGAAUUCCGAAUCUAAUUCCCUUUGAAUACAGGCCUUUUUUUACAAAAUUCGAAACGCAAUAAAGUCUCCCACAAAAGCCCCUCCGUACGUAAGCGCCACCUUGCCUUACACCUUGCCUAGUCCCCAAAAGGCGUCUUCCCAGGCCUUCUCGGUCACUGUAUUUUGGUGACGUAUCCGAGAGGAACGCAUCGGCCGAGCGCAAUAAUUCACUUUCCGUGGCUUUCAUCUGCAAAAUUGCCCUCACCUGCAAAAUACCGUAUAUUUCCUUGAAUAAUAGCCAUCUCUCUAUUAGUCGCCUCCCUUGAAUAAUUGCCCCCCUUUGAUGGAAAUGUUUGAAAUAAUCACCUCCCUCGAAUAAUCGCCCCCGGCUAUUACUCGAGGAAAUACGGUACACAGUGCGUAUGGAGAUUGAAGAAGACAUUCUCCUAGAAUUUUUGCAACGACAAUCACCUCGCACCGGUUAGUUUUCGACGUUAGCCAAUGACGGGACAUUUUGUCCUAGCACCCUUUCCCUCUUCGGGGUAUAGGUACGGGUCAGCCUAGAAAGGGUACACUAUGACAAAGCAGGCCAUAAUUGACUGAUGUAUAAACAAAUUGGUCUUUUUUAGUGAAAACCUUGAAGCCGUCAGAAAAGAAGUUUGGAUCAAUUAUGUGUAAAGAGAAAUAUCAUGAAAAUGAACCAGUGGAAUACUUCUGUAAAGACUGCAAAGUUUGCAUUUGUCACAAAUGUGGAGUGACAGUUCACAACCACCACAACAAGAAGGAUAUACAACAUGCUACUGAAGACAUAAAAAGUCAAAUGGAAACAACUGUUAAAAAAAUUAAGGCGAAAGCGGUCAGUGUUGAAGCGAAGGUGACGGAACAAACUAAUCUAAAGCUGAAAACCCAGGAAGAGAUCUGUUCCGCUGAAAGGGAGAUGAUUAAGGCUGUGGAAGAAAAAAUUCGCCUCUUGAACAAACAUAGAGCAGAUGUAAAAACAAAAUUAUCUGAAAUCCUUGAAGCGCAAGUUGAAGAGCACGAGACUAGGAUAAAACACUUUCAAAUGGUUGCUGCACAGAUUAACAAAUUUGUAGGUAAUGGCGAAGAUUUAUUAAAACAAGAGAUCAUCGGGCCUGAAAUUCUGGAAACAGAGUGUCAUGUGGUAUUUACUGUCUUAGAAAAACUUUUGAAUGACGAGGAAAUGGAUAUCUAUAAACCAAAGUGCGUUACCUAUUGUGACAAUAACAAACAAGAAUGCCUGUUCGGUAAGAUAGUUGAAUUUCAUCCUUACCCUUCCACUCCUGUUUGAAGAGAACCCGCCAGCUGCUAGUCUGAGUUCCCCAUUUGAAGGGUCUCCAGUUAAAAGCAAAGUCGUUGCAUCUUUAGGACCAGACAGGAUAAUAAAAAUCUGUCACACCGUCAGCGUUGCAGUGAGUGAAACGACUGGGUACAUUGCCGUGAUAGAGCAGUUCAAACAUGGAGUUCAUUUGUUUGAUUCUGAAUGGAAAUUUCUGAGGACGAUAGGAGACAAGGGGACUGGUGGAGGGGUAAUGGAAAAUCUGAAAUCAGUGGCAUUUACUUCAUCUGGUAACAUCUUAGUGCUUCAAAUUCCAUCACCGUUUAAAAGCAGGUUGUCCGUGGGCGCUUUCCAUUUAGUCAAAAUUUCCGGAAUUUCCGGUUCGGCGGUAAAUGGAACACGUUUCGUCGGUUCGUCCCACUGGAAAAUUCCCAGAAAAAGUGGAAAAUCUAAAAAGGUGGUCCCGUUUUCCCGGUUGGAAUUUCCGAACGGAAUGUCGUGUUCCAUUGACGUUUCUUGUAGUUUGUACCAGUUCCAGGUCCACGGUCGGGCACCCGGCCAUGUACCGGGGUUUACGACCAAAUGGAACAACUUUUUACCGAUCGGAAAUUCCACUUUUGCUACCACCGAAAUUUCCGGGUUUUUUUCGUAAAUGGAAAGCGCCCCGUAUUUACAGAACGUGGUCAUUAUAUAACCGAUAUCAGUGAGCACUUGUCAGUACCACGCAGUGUAUCUGUUGGAAAAUAUGGUAAUUUGUUAGUGUGUGACAUUUUUGGCGUGAAAGUUCUUUCUCCUGAUGGCACAAAGCUCAUACAGACCAUUAAAGCUCCGCACUGUGAUGAGAACCCUUGUUUUGCUGUUUAUCACCAAGGCAUAUUUUUUGUUUCCUAUGACUCAUUACAUUGUGUGAAAACAUUCAGUGAUGAGGGGCAGUUCCUUUAUGAGAUUGGUUGCAAAGGAACUGGCGACGGGCAGCUGAGAAGCCCUCAAGGCCUUGUAAUAGACAAAUUAAACAAUCUAGUUUUAUGUGACACCAACAACAAGGGGCUUCAAGUUUUUUCUCUGGAAGGAAAAUUCCUGAACUCUGUUACUGAAGAGGUUUCUCGACCUGGGUCGGUUACUUUUGUUAACAAUGGCGACCUGCUCUUUUGUGAUUACAUGUAG